AUGAAGUAUAUAGCCUCACCUUCGCCGUCUUCAGCUGGCAGCCCGAGCGCAAGUAACGUAUCCAACACUAAAUUGUCCGGUGCAUCCUCCAAUCCGAACACUGCACCGAAGGCGAGCACAAGUUCCUCUAAGUCCGAUCCACCACCGACUGUAGCGGCCGGUUCCAAAUCAAGCUCGAAACCAAACACUGCAAAUAAACCGUCUACAUGUGAUGCGUCAACUUCCGGUCAAGAUUCGAAACCUGAGAAUACCGGUUCGCGUCGUGGUCCCCUAACCGGUGUGGUUUUCUCUCUAAGUGGUUACCAAAAUCCAUUGCGUAGCGAAUUACGUAAGAAAGCGUUAGAUUUGGGUGCUCGAUUUCGCCAAGAUUGGGGAAAGGACUGUACACAUCUGAUCUGCGCCUUUGCCACUACUCCAAAAUUCAAGGAAGUUGUAGGCAAAGGGAUUAUUGUAUCAGAAAAGUGGAUUGAAAAAUGUUACGAUACAAAAUCCAAAGUUGACUGGCGCCCAUUUCGUGUUGGUCGUGCGCCUAGUCCACCAUCAUCAAGCAGUAGUAAAAAGGCGACUACAGAAGAAGAGAGAGAUUCUGACUCGAGUUCCGAGACCCCUGAAAUACCUCGUUCUCAAACAAAAUUAAAGCGACGCAGCCACGGAAAAUCAAACAACACUGACGACGAAUGGUUACCAGACGCAGAGGGGUCAGAUCCUGGAGAUUCCGAAGAAUCAGAUGAGGGGAGCGAUUACGAAGCGGAGGAGGAUGAGGAGGAGAACGAUUCGUCCGAAGAGGAGGAGGAGGAGGAUGAAGAGGAAGAAAAGAAGGGUAAACGUGGAAAACGCAAACGAAAGACAAAAUCUGGUGGAUCAAAAAAGAGUAAAGUUGUGCAUAAGAAUGCCACACCCAAUCCGUCGAGUAAUGUGAUGCAACCUUCCACUGUGGACAAAAGUGAAUCCGGUGAGGAUUCAGACACAGCAAAAUCAGAAUCAAAGGACACAAAUGGCUCCGACACCCGUGCCCUUGUCGAGUUACCCAAUCUGUUCGAGAACAAGCACUUCUUUGUGCACAACAAGGCAAUUCCCUUGGACGAAGAACGACUAGUACAACGAUUGAUUGUAGCGUUUGCCGGGUAA